AUGCAUUCUCAAACGCCGGUGGCCAAGAACAAGACCAGCCCAUGCCGGGGCCGGCCGACGCCAGCGGCGGCUGCGGCAGACCGCCACGAGGAGCCAGCACGGCACCUGCACGCCACCCCUCCUCCACCGCCGCAGCACCCGCUGACACCAAGCGCGCCCGCUGCUACGAGCGCCACGGACAGCAACGGGAAGGCCGCGGCCAAGAAGCGCGGCGUGCAGAAGCUCCUCAGGUCGGCGUUCAAGCGCGGGGAGCACGCGCCAGGUGCGUCCAGUCGCACCGGAUCAGGAGGCCACGCGGGCGAGGAGGCUCAGGACCUCAACUGGUUUUCCUCGUCGUCCGCUAGCGGGAGCAGCGGGAGGAAGGGGCACAAGGCCGGUGGAGGAGGGGGCGAUGACGGCUCCGCCGACAGCGACCGCUCCAGCCAUGACAGCAGCCUCGAGUUCGAAGGAUCCAAGAACGCAAAGGCCGCAGCCGCGCUGCGCAAUGCGAAGAUCGGCACCUCCUACGAGGCGUUCCCGUGGGAGAGGAAGAUGACGGACUUGCUGCCGGUGCCCAACGCGAGCCGCUUCCUCUCCUUGCUGCUGCUUCCACGGGCGGCCGACGAGUCCCAGACCAGGUUCCACUGCCUGGAGGACACGCUAGCCAGGGCUGAUGCCUGGCUCAUGUCGUCCCAGAGCUCAGGUGUCCCUAUCGUGCCCAUGAAUGUGCAGACUGAGGCACUGCUUACCAAGAUAUCUGGGGAUACCGCAUUAUCGACGGUCAAUAUGGGAUCCCUAGGAGACCUUGCAAACUUGGCGACCGUGAGCCUCUACGGGUUUGAGGACUACCAUGGCAUCGACAUUGGUGUUGUCAGGGCGGUUCGCCUGUGGUACGCUCCUGUGGCAGGGGAGCUGGCACUGCAGAUCAAGCUGCAACCGGGUGACACCAGGCUUGGCUUCGCUAUAAGUCGCACAGAAGAGGGCUUCAUCUACGUCUCCUCGGUGGCGGACGAGAGCACGCCGGGGGUAGCCUCGACCCGCUCCGGCCUUCUCGAGCUGUACCGCCGAGCGCGCUGCGCGUCCAGGCUCCUCGUCGUCUCACGUGUCGGCCGAGACAAGGUGCUCCCCUGGGCAGUCUCGACUGCCGGCGACGUCUGGUGCGCCGACACCGUCUCGCUCAGCCAGCGGCUGUCGCUGCACCGCUACGCGCUGCGCCCCGUCACGCUCGGCUUCCUCUUGUGGGAGCAGCUCACGGUGCCCGCCGUCCUCAGGAGCGCCGCGGCGGCCAGGACAGCGUCAGCGGCUCAGGCGGUCGUGCUGGCAGCGCAGGACGGCGACGAGGCGUCCUCCGACGAGAUGGCGCUCGACGGCGACGGGCCGGAUAUCGUGCUCAGCAAGGAUUCUGACGACUGCACGUUCAGGUUCCAGAACAUCGGCCUCCCCGACAGCUGGCUGUGAACUGAAGCGCGCGAAAUUGCAACGGCAGCCGUGUCUACGGAUUCUAUGUCCCAACGCUAGUUUAACUCUUCGAAUAAUUAUCGUGGAAUAAUAGCUUAUUAAUUAACGAAACGGAAAAUUUAUUCAUCAGUCGAAUGAA